AUGAUCCCAUCCCACGACAUCGACCGAGUAUUAGGCCAUGCCCUACCACAUAUCCAACAACAUGUCGACAGACAGCGUCAAGCGCAAAGCGGCCGAGCACCAUUCAUCCUAGCCCUCACCGGCCUGCAAGGCAGCGGUAAAACCACCUGGACGACAGAGCUAGUGCGUCUGUUAAACGACAAGUACAAUUUCCGAACCAUCAAUGUUUCCCUCGACGAUUUCUACCUCCCCCACGAUGGGCUAGUGAGAGUCCGCGAAGAAAACGCAGACAAUAAGCUCCUCCAAAUGCGCGGACAGCCCGGGACUCACGAUACCGUUCUGGCACGAGAAUUCCUCGACAGCCUAUCUCGACCAACAGACGCACCCUCAGAAAUUCUCAUCCCCGCAUUUGAUAAGAGUCAAUUCCACGGCGAAGGCGAUCGCGUACCUAGAGAGAGCUGGGAGCGCGUCCACGUUUCUCAGUCCUCUGGCAUUGACGUGCUGGUGCUGGAAGGAUGGUGCGUCGGGUUCCAGCCCCUGGACGAAGCCACUGUCGAGAGGAAGUGGGAAGAAGCGAGACAACAUCAGCCUGCAGGGGAAGAGGAUGCACGGUUGUCGACGAGGACAUUGCGGGAUCAUCCACUUUCAAGUCAUCUCCAGAUCAAUGAGAAUCUGAAAGCUUAUUGUGACUUGUUUCUGGGUCCUCGCCAUCUGGACUUUCUCCUUCACCUGGAUACAGAUGAUUUGGCAAAUGUCUAUCGCUGGAGGUUGCAACAGGAACAUGCCCUGCUUCAGGCCAAGAAUGAAGGAAUGACCGAUGAUGAGGUGCUGGCUUUUGUGAAGGGUUAUAUGCCGGCAUAUGAGCUGUAUCUGGACUCCGUGCGGACGGGGAUUUUCAAGUCUCUGUUGGCGGAGGAGCAGGCGCGCAAGGGGCAGCUGCGGGUGAUUCUAGAUAGUGAGAGGAGGAUCGUUGAUGUGGUAACGUACGCAUAG